CUGUGUCCCUCGGACACAGCGGAUCACUGAUCGCGGAAAGAGCCGAAGAUGUCAGUUCGGUCAUGUGAUCAGCUGUGUCCAAUCACAGCUGAUCACAUGGACAUGUACACUGAUCAUCAGGGCACUGAUGAUCAGUGUGCCCUGAUGAUCGGUGUAGCCCAGCAGUGCCACCUGUCAGUGUCCAUCAGUGCCUUGUGUCAGUGUUCAUCAGUGCCACACAAUCAGUGCCUACCAGUGCACAUCAAUGCCACAUAUCAGUGCCCAUCUGAGCUGCCCUUCAGUGUCACCCAUCAGUGCCAGUCAGUGCCACCUAUCAGUGCUGCCUAUCAGUGACAGUCAGUGCCAUGUAUCAGUGCUGCCUUUCAGUGGCCAUCAGUGAUGCCUGUCAAUGCCCAUCAGUGCCACCUACCAGUGCUUCCUCAUCAGUG